UUUGGUGAUACAGAUGUUAUAAAGUCAGUAUCAGUGAUGGAGGGAGAUUCUGUCACUCUAAACACUGAUGUUAAAAUGCAGCGAUUUGAUCACACACUGUGGAUGUUUGGACCUCAAGACACUCGUAUAGCAGAAAUCCACAGACAGAACAUCUAUAUAGAUGCCACUAAUACAACAUUUGAGAAAAUACUCCAGAUGGACAGACAAACUGGAUCUCUGAUCAUCAGAAACAUCAGAACUGAACACUCUAGACUUUAUAAACUAACCAUCAUCAAAGCUGGGGUCACAUACAAGAGUUUUUCUGUUGCUGUCUAUGCUCCUCUUCCCAUUCCUGUCAUCACCAGAGACACUUCAAACUGUUCUUCAUCAUCUAAACGUUCAUCCGUGUCCAGAUGUUCACUGCUGUGUUCAGUGGUGAAUGUGAGUCAUGUGACUCUCUCCUGGUUCAAAGGAAACAGUUUAUUGUCCAGCAUCAGUGUGUCUGAUCUCAGCAUCAGUCUCUCUCUUCCUCUGGAGGUGGAAUAUCAGGAGAAAAACACCUACAGCUGUCAUCUGAUCAACAAUCCCAUCAGCAACCAGACUCAACACAACAUCAACAUCACUCAACUCUGUCACACGUGUCCAGAACUCAUGCAACAGUCACAUUCAGUGGGAUUAUCGGUUAUAGUGAUACUGGUCUUGGCUGUAGUUGUGGGGAUGAUAUACUUACAGCACAGGAAAUGCAAACAAGUAAGAUCAGAAGAUCUGAGAAUCAUACAAAAGCAAAGCAUGUCAGAAUACACACAAAUCAUCUACUGCCUUCAGAAGGAAGACCUGCCACAGGUCUGUAAGCAGUUCAUCUGA